AUGUUGAGCUCCUUCGUCCAAAAGUUUAUUGACCAGUCCCCUCUCGCGGUCAUCAAUGACAACCGUCCUUCCAAGGCCGCGCUGUUUCGAGAGCAGUUCAGACUUCCUGCCGGGCAGAAUCCCCUCCACGAAAUAACAGCGGAACUCUUCCUCCCACUCCCUUCCACUGCUGGACUACCCGUCACGUCAGGAGACAAGUCUAGAGAUUAUGGCAAUAAAUACAGUGGAGAGUUGCACCUAAGUGAACACUUUCUCUGCUUUUCCACCAUUCGCACCAGUUUUCUUCCCUCCGCAAGCAACAGUGCCUCGACCUCGUUCACCGGUCCAACCCAGGGCUCUGGACCUGGUGGUCAUGGAUUUACCCUCCCCCUCUGUUCUAUUCGCAGAGUCGAGAGGCUCAAUAGCAGUCAGGAUAAGUUCUCGCUUGCUCUCACGACGCUAGAGUCCAUCCAGAGGUCGACCACAGAGAAAUCCAAGGCUUUACACCCUCCCCCUCGAAAGUUGAUUCUGAAUCUGGAUGGGAGCCGUGUCGCCUGUGAACGAUUCUGCGAUGGCCUGAAGAAAGGUUUAAGGGAGGGGAUGAAAGAAGCCGAUGUCUUACGUGCCGUUGUGGCUCAGUGCUAUUCAGAGUAUCUCUUAGAUCCGGCAAGGAUCAGAUCAAAGGAGGAGGGCACGCAACCACCAGAGCCCCCAGACACUGGCCUUGGGAUACUCUUUCGGUAUCCUGGAGAUGCACGGAAAUUGAGAGACCGGAGCAAGAUAAGACUAUGGGGUGAGUACAUGCGAGAAAACGGCCGAAAUGCCACCAUAGUCCGCCAGCCCACCUUCCACAAGCUUAUACGUGUUGGUUUGCCCAAUCGACUUAGAGGCGAGAUAUGGGAGGUAGCCUCGGGCUCUUUCUAUACUAGAUUAAGAAAUCCACAUAUGUACAAUAAGGUACUGGAAAAAUUUGACGGCAAAGGAUCCUUAGCCAUCGACGAGAUCGAAAAGGAUUUGAAUCGAAGCCUUCCAGAAUAUCCCGGCUUUCAAAGCGAAGAGGGCAUUGGCCGGCUGAGACGCGUUUUGACAGCAUACAGCUGGACUAAUGAAGAAGUCGGCUAUUGCCAGGCUAUGAACAUUGUCGUGGCUGCACUUCUGAUCUACAUGUCGGAACCUCAGGCCUUCUUCAUCCUUGGGGCCUUGUGCGACAGGCUACUUCCAGGCUACUACUCUAAAGACAUGUACGGCACCCUUCUAGACCAACGAGUCUUCGAAAAUUUGGUAGAGAAGACCAUGCCUGUUCUGUGGGAACACCUAGUCAAGUCCGACGUCAAUCUAUCGGUCGUCUCGCUACCAUGGUUUCUGUCUCUGUACAUAAACUCUAUGCCCCUUGUUUUUGCCUUCAGAGUUCUGGAUGUGUUCUUUCUAGAAGGCCCAAAAGUUCUUUUCCAAAUCGGCCUGGCUAUUCUGCGGAUAAACGGCGAAGAAUUGCUCGAUGUUACCGACGACGGUACCUUCAUAUCCAUCUUGAAGAAUUACUUCUCAAGACUCGACGAAUCUGCCCACCCACAUUCCGAAAAUGAGAAGUUGAAAGCAAUCACUAAAUUCCAGGAAUUAAUGGUGACAGCAUUCAAGGAGUUUGCUGGUGUUACUCAUGCCAGUGUGGAGGAACUUAGGGCGAAGCAUAUUGACCAUGUCAAAGAAGGUUUAGCAACGUUUGCCAAACGUACCUCCAUCAGAAAUCUUGGUCCAGAAAGCAAAAAGUUAAGCCCUGAAGAUCUCAGUGUAAUCUACGAUCGCUUCUUUGGUGUCCUGUCUGAGAGGCAGCAACGUUCAAAGGCUAGAGAGGAGGAGAGGAGGAAGCAAGAGCACCAGAGGCUUCGUCCCAGCAUAUUUUCUCAGCACUCACACCACAACCAUGACGAACCCUCCCAAAAUAUUUCACCCCUUCAAACUAUGGAAUACGAUGCUUUCCGCGAAUUUUUAGCCAACACUGCCAAGUGGGCAGUGACAGAUUCCCCCUCCUCUCCAGCGAAGGAAAUCGCGAGUCCUAUGGCAAGCCAAAGAAAAAGAAGCAAGACUAUCACACAGUGGGGUUCUGGUCCCGAACCUGCUGAUCACGAUUUCAUGCAAAGGUUGUAUGGCAAGUGGGACGAAUCCCAUCAAGGUUCUAUGACAUUGCAACAGUUGGUUCGUGGUCUGGCACAAUUCAAGGGCACUACAGAUAUUAUGAAUUCCAUGAGUCUUUUCUUCGAUCUUUUCGAUGACGAAGGCACUGGCAAGGUCGACCGUGAAGGUAUCUUGAGGAUGUCAGAGUCUCUUCUGUUCCUUUCUAGGCGGGGUUUCGACGGAACCAUCAACGCAUCUGAAUCUAACGGAAUGACCCCAGUUUCAGCUGCUCCUGAUUCGAAGGAAACCUUGAAAAUGAGCACAAAUGAGAAGUUCUUGGGUUCUGUCAGCGCAUUCAUUCGGAGAUGUUUCGAGUAUGCCGAUCCAGACCAACCAAAUGAUGCGGUUGGAGAAACGACGUCAAACCUGGAAGCUACUACCCUCGACUCCUCCGGCCAAGAUGAUUUGUUGGACCUGACCGAAAUAAAGUCACACACCAAGUCUAUUGCUUCGCCACAGAUCACCAACAGUGAUCCCUUGUCUCCAUCAACUCCGCCAGGAACACCCUCUCUCUCUCUUCCAAAUCAGAGUAAACGAAAUAGCUCUUCCAGGGCUGCAUCACAUAACCUUGCAUUGGACCCCAAUAAGCCCUUACAUAUUACCUUGCCUACAUUUCGGAUGGUGAUACUAGCAGAUGAGCUUCUUGAACAGUUCUUCGAAACAUUCUUCCCUCAAUCUUUCCGUCUCAGCGACUCACCAAAUGCAAGCACUGUUUCAUUGCCGUCUAGCACCUUAUCUGGCAAUCUCACUACAUUUAGCAGUUUUGGAACCCCAGUCAAGAACCUCAUCAAUGGAGCCUCUACCAAGACCGUGAUUGAUGUCGGAACCGCUGGUGGUGUAGUGGAACCUGGAUCUCGAGGGCUGCGCGGCGUAUUGGACAACAUUGUCAAUGAUGGAAUGCGCAUGGCGGCUGAGAUGAGAAAGAGAAUGGACGAAGCACAAAAGGAAUAUGAACGACAAUUAAAGGAACAAGGCCAAAGACCAUACAGAGACGACGAUGACGAUGAAGAGGAUGACGAAAAAGGGACGGAGCUGGGCAAGAGAGACCAGGAGCUUUUGGAAGGCGCAGAGGUAGCGAGUAUAAAGACUUACAGGAGUGAUGACAACACCAGAAGUCGGGCCCAGAGUUCGGUCGGUAAUGCUAGUGGAACGCUGAGUGGAAAGGACAGCCACGGCGUGAGUAUAUUGGAUAUGGACGAAAAUCCAAAGAGUAAAGGGGAUUGA